AUGUCGCGCAACUUGCCCACCGCCGGAACUCACCCAUCCCCGUACAUCUAUCACUCCCCGGCCGACCCAUCUCCCCUCAAGCGCCUCAAAGCACAAGUAGAACUGGCCCACAUCUUCAUAGGUUAUGCCGAGACACUGCACGGCGCCGGCUCCGUCAUCGCGAAGUGGUCUACAGAGGUCGAAGCGCAGGUACUACGAGCUCGCAACGCGCAGGAACUGGCUGAGGCGCAUGCGCAAACCCAGGCGGUCGUAGCCAGAUACGCGCUGUGGAAGCAGCGCCAUGACCAAUGCGAGGAUAGCUUGCGCAGGCUCUGGAUCGACUUCGACUUGACUCUCCCGAAAGCUAUGGCGCAGGUCGCGGCGGGCGGGCCCAGUGAAGCUCGGGAGCUUCUGAACAUCCAACUCGAGUACAAGCGCAGACACGUUGAAGCAGGAAACGAAGACUUUAUUGAUGUGCGCGAGGAGGGGCCGCGCGCGCGACAGAUGGUCGUGGUACAGCGUGACAUAGCGCGAAGACGGCCGAGUUUCUUUCAAUGGGUUCUUCCUGUCCUUUUCUAG